CUCCGUUGUUUCAGUGUUAUUACAUUCCAACGCCUUCUUGACAUUUGACUGCUUUUUCGGCUUUUACCUUCGCAUUUCGUCAUUUGAGUGCCCUUUAAUGUACAAAAAGGAGGUGGCAGGAUGACAGAAUCAUGUCAGCUUGACCCGGACGUGAUGGAUGACCUCGCUGGUUUGUGCUCUGAGGACAGCAGCGGCGACUCGCAACACAUUCUGCCCGGUGGCUCGGAGGAGAAAGAACACGUGAAGGUCUACCUCCGCGUCCGACCCCUGACGGCGACCGAGUCGCAGAUACGUGCCGGCUUGGGCAUUUGUUCAGAGGGCUGCUUGUCCGUGGAGCCGCCCGAUACCAUUUUGGUCAGACCGAAGUCGGCCAACCUCGGCUCCGAGAAAGUCUUCGCGCACGCAGCUCAGCGCUUUCAGUUCUCGCAGGUUUACGGUCCGGACACCAGCCAGAAGGAGUUGUUCCGAGGAACGGUCAAGGAACUGGUCGGACAUGUUCUCCACGGAGGGAAUUCUCUGGUCUUCACGUACGGUGUGACCAACGCUGGCAAAACCUUCACUUUUUUAGGGACGGACGACGAUGCCGGCAUCCUGCCCAGGUCCCUGGACCUCAUCUUCUCCAGCUUGGGGGAGAAGGUCUCGGACCGCCCGGACGUCAAGCCCCAUCGCUGCCGAGAGCUCGUCAGGCUGAGCGAGGAGCAGCGAGCCCAGGACGCUGCCUUCAAGGACAACCUGCUGAGACGCCUCAAAAGCGGAAGCGACAGCACAUUGGGGAGCGACGACAGCAAGACAUUCUUUCAAGACUCUGCGUGGCUCCGGGAGACUGCGGAAGAGCGACUGAGCCUGGGAGAGGAAGCCCACGACAAGUUCUCCGUCUGGGUCUCCUUCUGCGAGAUCUACAACGAGAACAUCCACGACCUCCUGGAGGCGGCGCCCGGCGGCACGGGCCGCAGGACGGCCCUGCGCUUGUCUCAGGACGCCCAUGGCAAUGCCUUCGUUAAAGACCUGCGCUGGGUGCAAGUGGACGACGCCGAUGAGGCCUACAGAGUUGUCAAGCUGGGCAAAAGUAACCAAAGCUUCUCCUCCACAAAGAUAAACCAGCUUUCCAGCCGAAGUCACAGCAUCUUCUCCAUUCGCAUUCUGAGGACAAAGGACGGGGAAUCUCCACCAGAGGUCGCCAUCAGCGAGUUGUGCCUGUGCGACCUGGCCGGCUCGGAACGCUGUGACAAGACUCAAAACCAAGGCCAACGGCUGAAGGAGGCGGGAAACAUUAACUCCUCGCUGCUCAUCCUGGGAAAGUGCAUCAACGCGCUUCGUCACAACCGCAAUGCAAAAGCACCGCAGCACGUGCCUUUCCGCGAGAGCAAGCUGACUCAUUAUCUGCAAGGCUUCUUAAGCGGCGGCAGCAAAGUACGCAUGUUGGUUAACGUCAGCCAAUGCGCGUCAGCCAUCGACGAGACCCUUCGCGUGCUCAAGUUCUCCGCCUUGGCGCAGAAGGUGGUGCUCGUGCCCAGCCGGGCCCCUCCUGCCCCGCCCAACAAGGAUCCGAGGAUUACUCAGAUUGACCAGGACAAUGGACCGGAGGAGGAGGAAGGUGAUGAGGAAGACUAUGGUUCAACCAAGCACAUGAUGUCUCAAAGUGAGGACGAGGACGACUUUGAGGACGACAUUCAGGAUGAAAUCAUCAGUGGAAUGACAAAUGAGCAGGUGGCGCUGGUGAGGCGCCUCCGCCUGGAGCUGAGGAAGGAGCGUGCGGAAAAAGCUUCAGCGGAAGCUCGCGUCCGAGAGGACCUCGGCGCAGAGUUGGGCGGAUUGGUCGCCAAGAUGCAGGACGACUUCACCGAGCGGCUGGCCAGAGAGAAGGAACUCUUGGAGGAGCGCGCGGAGGAACGUCUGGAGAUAUUCAAGAUGUUGACUGACAAGAUGGCAGCCUGCACUGAAGAUCACCAUCAAGAAGCAGAGAAGGAGGCCCAGAUGGCCGCUCUGCGUCAGGAGUUAGGGGAAGAGCGUGAAGAGGCAUUGCGGGAAAGUCGGCGGCGUGAGGCGGAGCGGAGGCGGGAGCUACUGGCCGUGGCGCACGAAGCCAUCGAGCAGAAGGAUGCCGAGCUGGAGAAGAGGGCGCUCCAAAUCGCCCAACUGGAGGACCUUUCCAAAGAGAACUCCGACAAAGUCAAGAAUCUGACGCUGGACUUGGAGAAGAAGGAGGAGCUCUGCGGCGAGUUCCGAGAGAAGCUGGCCGACUACAAGAAGCAAAUCCAGCAGGUCCACAAAGAAAUCUCUGCCACCAAAGAAGAAGAUGAGCUCCUAAGACGCAAAAUAGGCGAUGCCGAGAAGCUGAAGAAGAAGCUUCAGGCCGACCUCACAAGCAAAGACAGAACAAUUCAACAACUCAAGACGGAUCAGGCGGCAGAGACCCAGCGCAACGAGAACCUACGGUUGUACCACGAAGCUUGUCGAGAGCUGGAGGCUAAUCGGCGGCUGGCGGACGACAUGCGCUCGACCCUGCUGGAGCAGGAGGAGACGCAGGAGCAGAUGGAGCGUGCGCUAGAGGAGAAAGUCGAACUCAUCCAGGAACUCCGCCGUGAGUUGGAACAAGUCAAGGAGAUGUCAACGGGGCGGAACGGCGAAGACGACGUGUUGCCUGACGUCACGGUGACCCGAAGGGAAGACACCGUUCUCGCUCAGGAGAGUCUCAAGCUUUCGGAGGAAAAACACGAGGCGGAGCGGCUCAAGUGGCGGGAAGAGAAGCUGUCUCUGAUUGGUCAGAUUAAGGAGGCGGAGCAAAAGCGCAACCAGGAAGUUAAAAAAUUCGCCGAGGACCGGGAACGCUACCUGGCGCGGCAGGCUCAGCUGGAGGCGGAGCUUGUGGAUAAAGAGGAAAAGAUGGAGAGCUGGAGGAAGGAACGAGACGUGCUGGUUGCCGGCCUGGAAGUGCAGAUGAGGAAGCUCCUGGCUAGCAUUGCCCAAAAAGACCAGAUUAUUCAGCAGCUACGCUGCAACAGCACACAGUCGCAACCAGAGGGCUCGUCGGGCGACCCGUCGCUGCUGGAGUCAUCGCAGAUCUCCACGGAAAACGGGCACACCAGCCGCUUUCCGCAGCCCGAGUUGGAGAUCUCCUUCAGCCCGCUGCGUCCCGACCGACUGGCGUUGCGACGGCAGGGCAGCACGGAGGCAGUCACCGUCAAGAUCACGCCCUCCACUCGCAAGAGGAAGAGCGCCGACAAGAAUGAAGUGGAGGUGGAGAACGAAAAAAACAGCAAAGCCACGGCGACGCUGAACCAGGGCCAAGACAAGGUGCAAUCGGCGACGUCGCCAGGUGGCGCCAGCGUGCACUCCCGCAAAGAAGGAACGCUGCAAAAGAUCGGAGACUUCCUCCAAAGUUCUCCCACCCUCAUCGGCUCCAAAGCCAAGAAGAUGAUGAGCCUGGUGAGUGGCGUGGAUCUGAGUGCCUCAUCGUCUCCCGCAAAGAAGAGCAAACGCAAAUUGUUGGCCGCCGACAUCUCUUCUCCCAUGGACAUGCCCGCCCACCCGAUGAUCAAGAAUGUCUGCGAAGACAAACAAAGCGAUUAUCUGAGCAUCAAAAGACGACUUCGCUCCCGAGUCGGCAAAUAAUCACACGCCGUGUUGCCUUCGUGCUAAGCUAACAACAGUGAUUACAUUCCAUCACUAUCACACUGCUAACACUAACUAGCAUAGCACAGAUAACGUUGCUAGUACCGAUAUGGCACUAAAUUGACAUCAUCGGCGAGUAUUAAGAAAUACCGUAUCAAUUUUGUGCAAUAUUUACUUUUUAAGCUCUAGUUUCCGACUGUUGGCUGACCUACCCAACAUAGCCGCCAGCUACAUAUUCCGCCCAAGUAAAAUUACUUUACUUACUUAGUUGACUGAAAGUUAAUUGCUGUCAUGGCUUGGUCAGAAACUUAUUAACGGCAUUUUUCUGCUGUGAGUUUAUCACGAGUAGACGUCUGAUCCAUUUAAACGGAAGGGUUGGCAGCGAAUGAACGUUGCUUCAUUCAAGGGGAAGCACCAAAACAUUGUUUCCCAUCAAAAAAGCUCUUAUUGACGUCCACCUCGAAUAAGGAAAUUAAGUGUACUUCUGACACUGGAAGCUCCUUCCUCUCUUACUGGAUUGGCUCAGUGUUCAGAUGGCCGCGAGCUGGUCGGAUGACUUGAGGUUUCUAGACCAGAAGUGGGCAAACCAGUCCCUGAGGGCCACAGUGGGUCCUGUGGCCUAUACUACGAACCGAGUUCAACCUCCCCAGAAGUAAUCCAGUUUACCAUCGGGUAACCGGAGUUGACAAAACCUGGUUGUCUAGUUUGUGGUCAAUCGGUACUACGACGCUGAUUAUGAGGUUGAUUAGUCGAACCUGUGUCAACCCAGUCAGAGUUACUGCGCGUUCACAUAAAAGGGGGCGGUGACCAGAGUCAAACACUACUUGUGACGAUGGCACGGGCACCUUACUUCACGGAGGAGGAAUGCGCGAUGAUCAUGCGGAAUUAUGAGGAAUUAAAAUCCACCCUCACCGCGAAAUCCAACACCGCUUCGGCGAGUAGAGCGCAACGGGUCUGUUGACAGUGAAUUUACAGAUCGUGUGAUUUGUGAAUGCGUCAAUAUGCCAGUUUACUUAUGUCCAUGAAAAGAAAUAAAGCCUGCUGUCAGGACAAUAAAAUAAGAUUUGGUACAUUAACAGUAAGAAAUAAUUGUCACGCAUCACCACACGAAACAGGAUGAUUGUAUGUUUAGUCCCCUUGACUGUACGAAUACGUAUGUUUUUUUUUUUAGUUUGGGCCUAAAAAAUCCAGCCCGACUCGACCCGAGUCCGAUCAAUAAACUUGAUUUGCAGGCCCGAGCCCGACAACCACCCCCCCCCCCCCCCCCCAAAAAAAAAUUUAUGUUAUAUUUGUGAGGACUCAGGAGAAGAAGGAAAUGCGGGGAUGCCAUGCGUUGUUGCGUAAAUAAAAGCCUGUCUUUUGUAACGAUUUUUCACAGUUAAACAAGACUGUAAGAUGCAUAUUCAAUAAACAUGUAUAUCUUUUAUAUUUGUGCGUCUGUCCUAUCAGUGGAUUUGACAUUUAAUUUAAUCUCCUCGAGUUGGCAGAAAAAAACGCAAGUUUUCUCAAUGUUUAAAUAGUCUACAUAUUUCUAUGAUUAUUAUAAAUGCAUCAAUUUGAAGCGUUUCCAUACCCCACUCCGAAUCGCACGGCAUACAGUGUUCUUACGCAGAUAUUCAGCAUCACCGAUGGAAUACAUAUAUUGUCCCUGGCGAAAGAGCGCACGGACAAGCACACACAAUCUGCGCGGUUGUGAGGGCCUGACUCGGCGGGUUACAUUAGUGACGUCUGCCUAGAUCAGUUGGCACAGGUAAAGAAUUCCCUCAGCUGAAAAUCUUUAUCUUUCAUGGAGAACAUCUUCCGGGUACGCCAGCGGAUUCUGGCGGUCCCGAAAUACCCGUGCCCUCCGGAGAGAGCCCCUCACAAUCCGCGCGCCAAUGUCGUAUGGGUCGUCCAAGUACGCUGUCAUUGUCAGGAGGACACGUCCGCGGAGGAGUGCUGUUUAAAUAGAGCGUGGUUAAUUGGAAUCCUGAUGUUAAGCAAGAUCUAACUCUGACACGACCAGGUUUGGCGUGUGGCGUGUGUUGCCAUGGCAACACUUCUCGGUUCCAACAUAUCCACCUUUCGUAGUCUCGCAUAGCCGCGAACUUACGUCGCACGUGAUAAAGUUACUCUCGAAGUUACCCUGCUAAGCCAGAAAACCGGCUUCGUAGUAUAGGCCACUGGUCUUUGUUCCCACUGAUUAAACACAGACAGGGUAACUGUUACGUGCAAAAGACGGCUCGCGAAGGGCGUAACAUAAAACAAGCCACACAAAUGUACGAGUGGACACAAAUUUAUUUACAGAGCAAUCAAACUCGCAAUGAAUAUGUACAGAAUGCCGACGAAGCGUGACUUCAGGGUAAGCCCAGGCCAAAACAACAAACAAAAGGAGCUACACUUAAACCCCACACGCUAACUAAACCCUGAUCAUGUAAAAGGAACAAAGAAAAGACAGCGUCUAACCUAACUUCCUACUCUAUACAAAACAGGAGAAAACGGGUUGAACAGAAAUGGCGACUUACCCUUACUUGCUUCAGUGCUCUUAUUUACAGUGGUGAACAGAAACAAUCCAAUAACGAAUAAACACAAAAGAUCUCACCGAAAAAAGCGGGAGUGUAUCAAAGUAGCGAUCAAAUGCAAACGAGAGUGAAUGACGAGCAAAUAGCUGGCGAGGAAGACCGCGGGAGAAUACUGUCAAAUGCGACCUCAUAGAACGUUGCCAGCAGCAGGUUUAAGAAGCUUGGCGCCUUUUUCCGUGGCCAAUCAGCAGCGGUGACGUCGUCGGUCCGUCCUGCGUCGAUCAGCUGUCGUCACAGUGGGAGGGGAAGCAGCCAGCUGGUGGAGGCGACGAUCAGCUGACUGGAAGAACCUCAAAUAAUUAACUAUUAAACGGCCAGGGGCCGUCACAGUAACUAAUGACAGUCCUGCAGAAACAAGAAGCACCUGACUGCAAUCAACUGAUUGCACAUGCAUGUGCUGGUAUGCAAUUCUGACGGUAUUAUAAUCUUAAGCAAAAAUAUUACGGUAUUGCAGUUACAGCUCUAAAAUGUGUUACUUUGUGAUAUCUGGGUUAAAAAAAAACUUUUUUUCCAUUGAACAUGAUUUUUAUUUUUCAAAACAUUAGCAAAUUGGCACAAAACUAUAAUGUUAAAAUAAGUUUAAAAUACAACUGAAAUAUUCUAUAUAAAAUUAGAAUAAAUGCAGUCCUUUAGGUGAGCCUAAACCCAUAGCCACAGCUCAACAUUAUUACCAUCAGAACAAAAAUAAUUGAAUUAUUUUCCAUAAAAAGCAUGUGUAUGACAUGUAUCUGGUUUACAUUAUACACACACACUUUCUUAACACACAGCUGUCAGAGAGAAAAAAAAAAAACACGUUUUACCACCGCUAGCUAACUCUCGUAGCUGGUGGGAAACCUUCACGACAGUGUUGACUAACCUUUAAUUUUGUAUAAAUGCGAAAUCAUAUUGGAGGUAUCGCCUCCUCGGCAGCCACCCUCCGCAAACAUGUUUUACAUGUUGGUUGGCCCAUCCUCCUCUAAGCCGCAGCAGUCUGUAACUUUUCUGUAACCAAAGUAUUCCCAUUCCACAGAUUUCGUUUUCAUCGAUGGGGGGUAAAAGUUCAGGCGUUUCACCUCCUUCAGCCAUCGUGUAGCACAGAUGACACUGAAAAAAACUCCAGUCCCCAUUCUGUAUCAGCAGCCUUAAACUACAUUCAAUUAAUUUAAUGUUGUGAAUCAACCGUUAAAGUUGUUAAAAUUGCUCCCGUUAUUCCAUAAUUUCCCGUUUGUCUACUUUCGACAUGUGAAAGUUUUUAAACUAUUUUAAAGAUAGAUUCAAGUCAAUAUUUUACCGAUGUAGGAGUAUUUUAGAUAAAAAGUUAAUUAGGUUUGCUUGGAAGGUUCGCUACAACAGCCUUGCAGGGAAGUGUACUGCUUUAAGAUGGCGGCCGUUUACUUACGCCCGCAUCUAGCUUUUUGUAGGUGUGCUGCUAACGUUACCGAAUCUAUAUUGCAUCUAGUCCUAUAUAAAUGAUAUCUACCGUAUCAUUAUGUGGAUGUACUUUGUAGCAGCUUUUCGGCAGCAGUCAGGUAUGUUGUUGUGUUUUUUUUAUCUCGUAGCAUGAGUUGAGCUAGAGCCGUGAGUUGAGCAGUAGCAUUACCCGAGGGGCCGGGUAAUGAGAAGCAUGACGUUUAGCUACUCUCGCUUCGUUCCUCAUUGACCGUGCGGCGCGCUGAGAGUGUUGUACUUCCGCUUUACUUGGCAUAUUUCAAUAAUCGGAAUUUAGAUGUUUGUGAAUCGUUCUCGAAUCUUUCACGGCCGAAUCGCGAAUAAUCUAAGAAUCGGAAAUUUUGCACACCUCUAAUCAUUAUCAUUAUACACAAAACUCCAAAAAUGGGCUGGAAACCCUCAGCCUAAUACUUGGUUGCGCAAACUUUAGA